AUGGGAGCACUAGCUGAGGUCUACCAUUUGGCCGAAAAAUAUUUCAUGCCACGACUCCAGAACGAUCUUAUUGAUUCUUUGGUUUAUGAGACUGUCACUAACAGCCGAUUUUUCGUUCCAUGUACUAUAACUUCGAUUUUCGAUAAAUCCCCACCAGCAUCAAAGAUUCGUCUUUUUGUGGUCAACUCUACUUUGGAAAACUGGGCUCUUGUUAAGCACAUGGCUUGUGAGCCAGAAGAUCUCUGCGUAGAGUUCCUUUUCAAAAUAUUCAGUGCUUUCGCUGAGGAUCCGAGGGCAGGCUUGAAAGCCAAUUUCUUAGAUUCCGAGAGUCAGUAUUGUGAGCUGUAUCACAUCCAUGAGGCCGAAGAGGAAGGGAAGUGCAGAUCUCUCAAACUCCCCGAGCACGUGGUGUCGGAUUAA